AUGGAACGGCAGACAAGGUCGAAGGUGACGGGGGCGACGACAGACGGUGAAGGUAUCGCUGAAUCAUAUGACAUCAAAAGCCAUAGAACGGACUUUUUUGCCAAAUCGUUGAAACAUUUGUUGGGGCCAUGUCCAACAGACAUCAGAGAUGUACCAGCAUAUCUUGUCCGAAUAGAAAAGAUUUUCGAAAACCAUGAUGUGGAUUGGGACAUUAGGGCGAAUUUAUUAAUGAUGAAUUUAAAUGAUGGAAUGAAGUCCUGGCUUGAUAACCUCAGUGGAGAAGACAUGCGAGAUUAUGCGAAGUUUUACUUCCAAAGUCGUGAAGUCGAUUCAUUUCAAAGUGUGGUAAAUUUGAUUUGCGCCGACCGCCUGAAGGAACUUCUUCCGAAAAACGUGUUAGAAUUCGUGUUAACCCAAGAAAUGGACGACUGGAUGGGUUAUGAGGUUUUAGCUAAAACAGUCGACCGACACGAAAUGAAUAUGAAUAUGAAGAUGUCCAGCCAACCAACGGCAUCAACGCGACCACCUCCCGUUGUUUAUAAAAACGUGUCCAAUGAUGUCAGAAGAGAGGACCGGUGCUACAGAUGUAAUAUGUCAGGGCAUAUCGCAAGGUUUUGUAACCGAAAACCGACAUCAACCGCGACGCCAAAACGUAUUCUCAAAUGCGAGGUUACUUCAAAACCGAAAUGGCUACACGUCAUAACGAAUGAGAGUCAACAAGGGAAAGUGCCAAGGGUCAUACAGGCGGACAAGUUUUAUGAAAGGGCGUACGUUGAUGUGAUGCUGAACGAUACACUAAAUCGGAAGGCUCUGAUUGAUAGCGGAGCGGAGGUUUGUUGCAUUAGUGAAGAUUUGUGUGAAAGUUUGAACCUGCCAUUGGGAGGUAAGUUAAUGGUAAGAGGUUUGGAACCGGAGGGUAAGGAGGUAGAUGGUGUAUGGAUAAAUCUGAAACCGGUACCAAGUGAUGAAAGGUGUAGGGUUAUGGCUCCUGCGGUGAAGGUGUGGUGUGCAGUGAUACCAGGUUUGGUAGAAGGUUUAUUGAUAACUCCAGGGGUGGUAGAGUUAUUAAACAAAGUCAAGCACUACGAGUUUCCCAGUCCCGUGAACGAUGAUGAUGAGCAGAGGGUGGGGGAGGCAAUGUCUGACUGUGAUGUGGAAGAGUGGUCUAAUCAGGAUGGGGAUGGGUUAGGGUUAGGGUUAGUAGAGGAGAAGGGUUGA